AUGUGGAACGAUUCUGACUCAUCGUCGGGUGGCAGCGACGCUGAAAAAGAAGAUAAAAAAGCAAAAGUUUCAGAGUCAAGUGAAGAUGAAGAGGAAUCUCCAGAAGACAAGAAAGGUGAGUAUUCUAUAUAUUUUCAGCGAGAAUUUCAGCAAGUGCGCUCCAUUGAAAUGCAUUUUUUUGCAGAAAGUUCUUCUUCACCUUCUUCAACCGAAGAAUCAAAUUCAAAAGAUGAAGCUGAAUCUAGUCGAGAAACAACUCCAGAAACAUCGAAAAAACGGGGAGGAGGAAUGGAUGAAAAGACUAGAAAAUUGUUGGAAGAUGAGAAUAUUUUGAGACGAUCAAAACGAGCCAAAAAACAAGAAUCAUCGGAAGAAGAAGUUGAAUCAGAAGAUGAAGAAUCAGACGAAUCAGAGUAUGAAAAACCGCGAAGAACUGCGAGAAAACCGAAAAAGGCUUCUGCGAAAAAGAAGGCGGCUGUUAGUGUUGUUAGAAGGAAGGCGGCUAAAAGCAAUGUUAAUUAUACGGAGAAAGAAUCUGAUGAUGAUGUGAGUUAUUAGGGGGUUUUGGGUCAAAAUUCAUCGAAAUCGUUAAGCUUGGAGCAUUUUUAGCCCAAAAAUGAAAAUAUUGAGCCCUGGAAGAUUUUCAAAAAAAAAACCCGAAAAUUCACUGUUUCAAAAAUUUCGUAUAAUUUUUUUGAAGGUGUGCUUUCUAAUGUUGUAGGCGAAAAUGCAUUAAAAUUGUGCUCAGGGAAUUUCUCCAAAAUUAUUUAGCCUAACGAAACUGAAAUUGGGUGCAUUUUGAGCCCAAACAUGAACAUUUUGAAUCCCUGGAAGAUUUUCAAGAAAACCCAAAAAUUCACUGUUUCAAAAAUUUUAAAUUUUUUGGAGGUGUGAUUUUCAAUUUUUUCAUGCUUCCGUUUGGAGUCUCUAAUUUUGAAAUAGAUUUUGAGCACAAAAUGCAUUAAAAUUGUGCUCACAAGAAUGAUCAAAAUUGAUUUACCAUUUUAAUCUAAAGCACUAUGAAAGUUGGAGCAUUUUGAGCACAAACAUGAAAAUUUUGGAGCCCUGAAAGAUUUUCAAGAAAUUCUGAAAAUUCACUGUUUCAAAAAUUUCAUAUAUAAUUUUUGGUGGUGUGAUUUUCAAUUUAUUCAUGAUUUUUCCUAAUUUUAAAUCAGAUUUUGAGAACAAAAUUAAUUAAAAUUGUGCUCACAAGAUGCUCAAUAUUAAUUUAGCCUUUCUAAACUGAAACCUCGUAGAAUUUGGAGCAUUUUUAGCCCAAACAUGAAAAUUUCGGAGCCCUGGAAGAUUUUGAAGAAAUCCUGAAAAUUCACUGUUUCAAAAAUUUCAUAUAUAUUUUCUGGAGGUGUGAUUUCUGAUGUCUAUUUGAUCACAAAAAAAUUUUAACCCAAAAUUCGCUGUGCACACAAAAAUGCUCAAUAUUAAUUUACCCAAAAUAAUAUAGGGCUCUAUGAAAUUUGGAGCAUUUUUGAGCCCGAACUUGACAAUUUUAGAGUCCUGGAAGUUUUUAAAGAAAUCCUGAAAAUUCACUGUUUCAAAAAUUUCAUAUGUUUUUUUUUUGGAAGUGUGAUUUUCAAUGUCAAUGUGAUUUUUGCAAAGGAAAAUUUUCGCGAAUAACAUUAUUGAGCCCAAAAUGCAUUAAAAUUGUGCUCACAAGAAUGCUCAAAAAUAAUUAACCCUAAAUCAUCGAACGCUCCAUGAAAUUUGAAGCUUUUUGAGCCCAAACUUGACAAUUUUGGAGCUCUAGAAGUUUUUCAAAAAAACCCGAAAAUUCACUGUUUCAAAAAUUUCAUAUAUAUUUUUUGGAAGUGUGAUUUUCAAUGCCAAUGUAAUUCGAAAUGGAAAAUUAUCGCAAAUAACAUUAUUGAGAACAAAAUUAAUUAAAAUUGUGCUCAAAAGAAUUUUCAAAAUUAAUUUAACCUAAAUAAUCUAAAGCACUAUGAAAGUUGGAACAUUUUGAGCCCGAACUUGACAAUUUUAGAGUCCUGGAAGUUUUUAAAGAAAUUCUGAAAAUUCACUGUUUCAAAAAUUUCAUAUAUUUUUUUUGGAGGUGUGAUUUUUAAUAACACCAUAAAAACAGGAAAAAUAGAAAUUGAAAUUUUUAAGUCGAAACUUCGUCAAAAUAGUGCUCAAAAUUAAUUUAACCUAAAUAAUCUAAAGUUCCAUGAAAUUCGGAGCAUUUUGAGCCCAAAAAUGAAAAUUUUGAAAAUAAAUAAAUAAAUUUUGUAGAUCGAUGAUGACGAUGUUCUUGAAUGGGAUGAGGAGCCAGAAAAACCUUUAGACGAAUCAACAACUUCACAUCCAGCCACCGAAACAGUCGAAAAAGUGAUAAAAUGGAGAUUUGGAAUUCCUGGAGCAACUGGCUCACCAACAACUUGUUAUAAUAUUGCGGAAAAAGGCGAUCCAAAUGAGGCAGAAGAUGGUGGAGAGAAAACAGAAGCACAGUAUUUUGUAAAAUGGGUUGGUUGGAGUCAUUUACAUAAUACUUGGGAAUCUGAAGGAUCGUUGAUUGCAAUGGGAGCAAAAGGAUUGAAAAAACUGCAAAAUUAUAUCAAAAGACAAGAGGAAAUUGCGAGUUGGAGAAGAACUGCGGAUAAAGAAUAUAUUGAGUUUUUUGAUUGUGAACAAGUUAUGGCUGAAGAAUUAUGUGAAGAAUAUAAAAAAGCUGAGAGAAUUGUUGCACAUCAAACAUCUCGCGAUAAAACCGCUGAUGGUAGUGUAGCUCAAGAAUAUCUUGUAAAAUGGGUUGGACUACCGUAUUCGGAUUGCACUUGGGAAGAUGUCAAAUUGAUUCCACCAGAGAGAAUCGAGGAGUAUAAUCGGAGAAUUGCCAAUUUGAAGUCGCCCAAUAAAAAUGCUACGGUUUUGCGGAAAAGGCCGAAAUUCGAGAAAUUUGAGACAAUGCCUGAGUUUUUGAAAAAUUCGGAGAAUGGACAACAAUUGAGAGAUUAUCAAUUGGAAGGAUUGAAUUGGAUGAAUUAUGCGUGGUGUAAAUAUAAUAGCGCGUGCGUUUUUUUUUUAUUUUUGAAAUUUGGAAAAUCCACAUUUUUAGGGGAAAUUUAUUUUCCGAAAUUCGGACAAAUUUUUAAACUCAAAAAAUAUCUGGAAUUCGAUUGGAGAAAAAAUGGGCAAAAUUUCAGCUAGACCUUUUUUGAAGCUGAAAAUUAAGGAACCUAAUUUUUCAACAAAAAAUGUUGACUUGAAAUUCCAUCAUUUAUUUUUUAAUUUUCAAUUUUUAUUUAUUUUGAAAAAGUGAGUUUUCAGAAAAAUCUGAAUUUCAGCAAAGAUUUUGACUAAAUUUCAGCUAGACUAGAAAAUUUCAGAAACUUUAAAAAAAAAUCUAAAAUUUAAUUUUUGAAAAUAUGUUUUCAGACAAAUCUGAAUUUCAGAUGAUUUUUUAACCGGUAAAACUAGAGCUUGAGAAACCUGAAAAUUCUGAAAUUUUGGGACCAAGUGUUCAUAUUUCUACACUUGGCUCACCUGAAUUCAAUUUUUGAAAAAUUCUCAAAUUUUCAGAUGUAAAUCUUGAGCUCCUAGUUUCACUUUUAAAAAAAUCAAGUUUUUAAUUUUGAAAUUUUGGUCUGAAAAUAUUAGGUUUUUUUCAUAAAAUCCAAAAAUUCCGCGAAAUUUCCAAUUUAAAAAAAUUCCUAAUUUUCAAAAAAAAAAUAUUUUUUCGUGAAAUUCAGAAAAUUCAUUUUCAAUUUUUUUUCAUUUUGGAAAAUGUGAGUUCACAAAAUUUGCCUUAAUUUCUCCAUUUUCCAGAAUCCUUGCCGAUGAAAUGGGUCUCGGAAAAACCAUCCAAUCCAUCUCAUUUCUCGCCUCCCUCUUCCAUGUUCACGAUCUCGCUGGUCCCUAUCUGGUUGUGGUGCCACUUUCAACAAUGGCAGCGUGGCAAAAAGAAUUUGCACAAUGGGCUCCCGAUAUGAAUCUUGUUGUUUAUAUGGGAGAUGGCCAAUCGAGAAAUAUGGUAGGCUUCGGGUGGAUUAUGAAAUUUUAAAUUAAAUAGCAUUUUUUUUGUUAGAUUCGACAAUAUGAAUGGUAUGUUGGAGGAACGAAAAAGCUGAAAAUCAAUGCGAUUCUAACAACUUAUGAGAUUCUUCUGAAAGACAAAGCCUUCUUGUCAUCUGUGGAUUGGGCUGCUCUUUUGGUUGAUGAAGCGCAUCGAUUGAAAAACUAUGAAUCACUUUUGUACAAGUGUCUGAUUCAAUUUCGAUUCAAUCACAAAUUAUUGAUCACUGGAACGCCGCUUCAGAAUUCGUUGAAAGAAUUGUGGGCUCUUUUGCAUUUUAUCAUGCCGGAGAAGUGAGUUUUUUGAGGGGGAUUUCGGUAGAUUUGAAAUGGAUUCCUGUAGAUCUAAUAGCUAAAUUGAAAAAUCCUGAAUUAUUUCUAAAAUGUUAUUUUUCAGUGGUAGAAAAUCUUUGAGUUACUGUAGAUCAGAAAAUUCUCAAAUUACUGUAGAUAAUUUUGAGCGCACAAAAUGAGUUCUCUGGAUAACGGUAGAUAAAUUUUGGUCUCAAAAAUUGGGAAACUAAUUAUGACUAGGACUGAGGUUACUGUACUGAGGAAAAAUAGGGCGUAGCCAAAUCUGAGCAAUCUUCCGCGAAAGCGGUUCGAGCGGAGCAAGUGUGAAUUCGAAAGUUUCCGCAUGCGCGGAGCCUUGCCUUCUCUAGCUGUCUAAAAAUGGACCUCCCAUUCUUUCACCUCCAAAAAUAUCCCCCAAUAUUUUUUGCAGAUUCGAUAGCUGGGAUGAAUUCGAAUCAGCUCACAAUGACACAAAUCACAAAGGAAUCUCAUCGCUCCACAAAAAACUCGAACCAUUUUUGCUUCGCCGCGUCAAAAAAGAUGUUGAAAAAAGUCUGCCACCAAAACUCGAACAAAUCCUCCGAGUCGAUAUGACUGCACAUCAAAAACAGUUCUAUAAAUGGAUUUUGACGAAAAAUUAUCGAGAAUUGUCGAAAGGUGUGAAAGGUUCGAUUAAUGGAUUUGUUAAUUUGAUAAUGGAAUUGAAAAAGUGUUGUAAUCAUGCGAGUCUUGUUCGACAAUAUGAUCAUAUUAUUGGAGAUGCACAAGGAAGAUUGCAACAAUUAUUGAAAUCUUCUGGAAAACUCAUUCUUUUGGAUAAAUUGUUAUGUCGAUUGAAAGACACUGGACAUCGAGUAUUGAUUUUCUCACAAAUGGUCAUGAUGUUGGAUGUUUUGCAAGAGUAUUUACAACUUCGACGAUUUCCAACACAAAGAUUGGAUGGUUCAAUGAGAGCGGAUUUGAGAAAACAGGCGUUGGAUCAUUUCAAUGCGCCGGGUUCGACUGAUUUUUGCUUUUUGUUGUCGACGAGAGCUGGAGGAUUGGGGAUUAAUUUGGCGACGGCCGAUACGGUUAUUAUUUUUGAUUCGGAUUGGAAUCCGCAAAAUGAUCUGCAGGUAAGUAUUGGAGAGAAAUCAAAAAAAAAUUUGGGAAAAUUAUUGAAUUUCUGCCAAGAAGCCGCCACUUUUCAAUUCAAAUAAUUCAGUUUUUGUGAUUUGCAGGCAAUGUCACGGGCACAUCGAAUUGGUCAAACACGAACUGUGAACAUUUAUCGAUUGGUCACCAAAACAUCGGUUGAAGAGGAGAUUGUUGAGAAGGCGAAAAGGAAGUUGGUUUUGGAUCAUUUGGUUAUUCAGAGAAUGGACACGACUGGAAAAACGGUGAGAGCUUGGGGUUGGAAGAAAAAUUGAGAUAUGAAAAAUGCUCUCACCUGGAAAUUUUAGGGUUGAAAUUUUACACGUUUUGAUUAUCAGUAGUGUAAUCGAAACUCGAAAUUAAGUUUUUUUUUUUUGGAAUCUGAAAUUUAUCCACGCAAAAAUUCUGAAUCCUGAAAAAUUUCUCAAUUUUAAUAUCGAAGAAGGUGGGUUAUCAGCUUUCAAUUGUAAUUUUUUGUUUUUUGAAAAUUUUGAAACGUAAAAAUUUCGGGUUUUUGGAAUCUGAAAUUUUAACAGGAUUAUGAAAUUUUUCAAUUAAAAAUAAAUCAAUUUAGAGAUCAAUGAGAAUCAGCUUUGAAUUAUUUUUUCUUGUUUGGGAAAUAUUUUGAAACAGUAAAAAUGUUGGGAAUCUGAAGUUUUUUAGCUCAAAAUUCUGAAUCCUGAAAAAUGUCUCAAUUUUGAUGUUGUAGAAGGUGGCUUUCAAUUGUAAUUUUUGUUUUUUUGAAAAUUUUGAAACAGUAAAAAUUUUGGGAAUUUUUUUUUGGAACCUGAAGUUUUUAGCGCAUAAUUCUGAAUUAUGAAAAUUUUCUUAUUUUUUAAAUAGAAAUAUCAAUUUUCUCGGAUUAGAAGAAUUGGAAUAAGCUUUGAAUUAUUUUUCUUGUCUUGGAAAAAUUUUGAAACAGUAAAAAUUUCGGGAUUUUUUUUUUGAAAUCUGAAGUUUUUUAGAGCAACAUUCUGAAUUAUUAAUUUUUCUCAUUUUUCAAAUAGAAAUAUCAAUUUUCUCCAUUUAGAAGAUUUGGAAUCAGCUUUGAAUUAUUUUUCUUGUUUUGGAGAAAUUUUGAAACGUAAAAAUUUCGGGUAAUUUGUAAUUCGAAUUUGAAAAACCUUUUUUCCUAAAUUUUUCCAACCCAGCACUUUGAUCACUGAAACUCUUAAAAAAUUUUCUAGUCAUAGUUUGCCACGUGGCAAUUCUUAUUUUCAUUUGAAAUUUUGAGAAAUGGGGGUAAUUGUUAAAUCAAACUUCAAUUGUUUUUUUUUGUUUUGUGAAAAUUUUGAAACAGUAUAUAUUUGAGGUUUUUUAAUUUUGAAUUUGAAAAACUGUCAAAAAUUCAAAUUUCGAAAUUUUUCUAAUUUUCCAACCUAGCAAACUUUGAUCACUCAAAACCUCUUCAAAUUUUCCACGUCUAAUCUUUCUUUCUUUCAUAUUUGCUCAUUUUGCUCUCUGACCUAUACCAAACUAAACUAAACAAUUGUUCAUCACAUGUCAUUUUCCCAUCUUCCUUCCAUUUUUUCUUCCUCAAUUUAUUUUCUUGCAGGUUUUAUCAAAAACAUCAGCUGGAAGUGUGCCAUUCGAUAAAAACGAGUUGAGCCAAAUCCUGAAAUUCGGAGCCGCCGAAUUAUUCAAAGAAAAAGAGGGUGAAGAACAAGAGCCGGAAGUGGAUAUUGAUCGAAUUUUGAUGGGAGCUGAAACGAGGGAAACUGAAGAUGACACAAUGAAAGAGAACGAAUUGUUGAGUUCCUUCAAAUAUGCCACGUUUGCGAUUGAUGAGGAGAAAGAUAUUGCGGCGGCGACUGAUGAAUGGGCACAAAUUAUACCGGAAGCGGAUAGAAAUCGAGUAUUGGAAGAGGAAAGAAUGAAGGAAUUGGCUGAAAUGAAUUUGGCGCCGAGACAAAGAGGACCGAAAAAACCGCAUGUUGAAUCGGCGGAUGAAGGAGAAAAAGAUGAUGAUGAAACGGAUGAUGAAGAGAAGAAGGAAAAGAAGAGGAGAAAGGCUUUUGGCAAUUUUAGUAUGACUGAAAUUAAGAGGUUUAUUCGGGCUUUUCGCAAAUUUGCACAUCCAUUGGAGAGGUUCGUUUUUCCUAGAGUUUGAGAGAGAAAUUUGAAGAAAAUUUUGAUUGAGAAAAAUUUACUGUUUCAAAAAGUUUUGAAGUAAUUAGCUUGCAGGGAAAUUUUUAAUACAAUUUCCAUGAAAAAAUCAUAUAAAAUUGUAAUUUAAUUUUUCUCUGAAAAUUUUACGUUUCAAGAAAUUUGGAAAUAUUUUGAUUGGACUCAAAUUAUCAAUUAUUUUGUUUAAUGGUUUUUAAAAUGUUCGCUAGAAAUAAUUAAAUUGAACAAGAAUUACUAAUCUCUUCGAAGUUUUAGAUGAGAUUCUCAUCAUGAGAACAAUUUACUGUUUCAAAAAAAUUUGAUAUGUUUUGAUUGGAUAGAAAUUUUAAUUAAUUAUCGCCUUUCUUUCAAACAUUUUCACUAUUUCAAAUAUUUUAGAAAUAAUGAAAUUAAACAGAAAUUCCUAAUAUCUUCCUGAUUAGAUUACAAAAAUUUACUAUUUCAAAAAAGUUUCGAAUAGUUCAAUUUUUCAAUCUUUACAAUUCGUUAUCAACAAUUUUAAGUUCAAUAAUAUUUCACUGUUUCAUGAAUUUUUCAAAGACAAUAAGAAACUACGAUUUUCAAUGACGGGAUAAUUUGUAUGAUAAAUUAUAUUAAAUUUUCAGACUCACAGCAUUUCAAUUUUAUACUUGAACUUUUUUUUGAAAAUUUCACUGUUUCAAAUAUUUCAGAGAUGAUUCAAUUGAACAUGAAUUCCAAAAAUUCUUCCCAAUUUGUAAUAAUACUGUUUCAAAAGUUUACCAUCAAUAAUUUUUAAGUUGACUUUCAGACUCGAAGCACUUGCACAAGACGCGGAACUCGAAGAGCACAGCACAGAAGAAAUGAAAAAACUAGCUGAAGGAAUGAUUGAUGCGUGCAAAAAAGCGAAUGAAGAUUUUGAACAGCAAGAGGCGAACAAGAAAGAAAAUAUCGAUAAGGAUAAGAAAUUCAAGUUCGCAAAUUGUGAUGUGAAUUUGAGACAAAUCGAAAAAACCCAAAACGAUCUCGAACCCCUUCAUUUAGCAUUAUCCGAUGCUGUAAAAGCGUCUGCUUGGAAACCGCCACGAAAUGCAAAAGAGCAAAAAGGUUGGGAUGUUGAAUGGACUUGGAUUGAUGACGGAGCUGUGUUAUGGGGAGUUUAUAAAUAUGGGCAAGGAAGUUGGGAGGCGAUUAAAAUGGAUCCGCAACUUGGAUUGGCUGACAAGAUAUUUGUGAAAGAUAAGACGAAGAAACCACAGGGAAAGCAUUUGCAACAACGAGUUGAGUAUUUGUUGAAAUUGAUGGGGAAAAGUGAAAAUGGAAAUAGUGCAGCAGCAGAUGGAAUUAAGAAAAAGCGGAAAAUUGAAGGAACAAAUGGAGGACCUGUGGAAAAAAAGAGGAAAGUUGAAGGUGAAGAAAAGGAGAAAAAGGUCAAGAAGUCGAAUUCGUUGAAAGAACAAUUGGCGGUUGUAUCAAUUGAGAAAUCAUUGUAUGGUGGAGCAUUGGAUGAUAACACUGCGAAACCAUUUAUGGGUGAGAUUUUGGGGAAAAAUAUGGGAGCUUGAAAAAAAAAUACUGUUUCAAGAAUUGUGAGAUAAUUUUAUUCAAGAAAAAUUUCGAAUAAAUCUAGAAUUUGAAAAAUGUUCACUGGAAAAAUUAAGAUUUUUUGUUGCCUGUAAAAUUUUCACUGUUUCAGAAAUUUUCAAAGAAAUUUAAUUGAACAUAAGUUCUCGAUAAACAAAGAACUAAUUUGAAAAAUAUUCUUAAAGUCGAAAAAGUAUGAGAAUUUUUAAUUUUCUGUUCAGAAAAAAUUAUACUGUUUCAAAAUUUUAGUAAUAUUAAUAUUUCCGCUGUUUACUGUUUCAAAAAAAGUGAAAUAAUUUUAUUCAACAGAAUAUUAUAAUUUCAAAACAUUUGCUUCUCCAAAAUUUUAUAAACAAUUAAAUUGAACAGAAAUUUUUUUGAAGUAUGAGCAUUUUUAAUUUCAGAACUAAAUUAAUUUUAUACUGUUUCAAAGUUUUCAGAAUUUUCUUCUCUUGCUUGAGAAAAUAUUAUUUUUAAUAUAAUUUUUUGAAACUAUAAUCAAGAGUUUCUGAAUUUCUGAAUAAACCUUACUUCAAUAUUUCACUGUUUCAAAAACUUCCCAAAUUUUAAAGUGUUUUUGGAAUGUUAAUUAAUAAUUAUUUAUGAAAUAAUCGAAAAAUGUAAAAUUUUCUAGUGUUUCAAAAGUUGUCAUUUUCCCAUAUUAUUCUUUUAAAAUUGAUUUUACCCGGAUUUUUUCAUUCUUUUGACAAAAUUUAAUUUUUCAAAAAUUCUAAUUUUUCCCCGGAUUUUUUAUGUUUCAAAAAAGUAGUAAAAAAAUUAUGAGUUUUGAAAUCUGUCAGAUAGUUAAUGUUUGCUACCCAUAAUAAUGUUCGAAAAAUUCACUGUUUCAAAGUUUUCACGUUAUGUAAUUUCGAAAGAUUUUUUUAUUACUUUGACAGAACAGUUGCCCUGAUUUUUAAAAUAAUUUUUGUUCUUAAAAAAUUCACUGUUUCACUGUAAAUUGAACAAAUAAUUUUCAUUCACAAUCACAAAUUAAUGAAGAUAAAAAGUGAAUUAAGUAGGAAGAUGUAGAAUAAAUAAUAAGGGCGAGAAAAAAUUUCAAUCAUCAUUUUUGCAGAAUGCGUCAAACUGUGCAAACCUGUCCACAAAUACAUGAAACGUCUCAAAGAAGCCCAAGACGCAAAAAACAAACCAGAAGAAGAUAAAUAUAUCCAAAAACUCGGUGAUUCGUUCCUCGAAAGUAUUGAAGUUUUGAUGAAAAAGAAGCCAAAAACGAAUAUUCGAAAAUGGUAUAAUUAUCUAUGGAUAUUUCUUUGCAAAUUUGUCAGUCGUGAACCGGGAGAACUUGUUGAAAGAUAUCGAAGUUUGACAACUGAUCACAAACACAAAAAUCAUCAUCAUCAUAGUAGUGGACACAAGAAAUUGGAGACUCCUUCGAAAUCCGACAAAAAAUCACAUAAUCACAAUCAUAGUCAUAGUCAUAGUUCUUCAUCUUCUUCACAUCAUCAUCAUCAUCAUAGAUCUGAUCAUCAUAGGACCACUGAACAUAAGGUAACUUGGCUUUUUUUGUUUUCAGAAAAAAAAUUGAAUUUUUUUUCGCUCUAAAAUUUUCAGCCACAAAUUCAGCCCUCAAAUUUUUCCAGGAUCGUCAUUCUUCAUCGUCAAAACGAUAG